AUGCUCUGCUUCCAGACCGAUGGGGAAGACAAGCUGUCAAGCCCAUUGGAACUACCUUGUGAGAUGAAGGAUUGGACCGCAGAUCAUGUAAAACAGUGGAUUCUCCAACUAAAUGAUAUAGACAAUGACUGUGCCGAGAUUCUGUAUCAGCAAGAUGUUAAUGGCCGUAGUCUUAAACUUUUGGAGAAAUCAGAGCUGCUAACUUUGGGCAUCAAGCUUGGCCCAGCAAAACUGAUUAUCCAUGAGAGGGAUGAAUUGGUUAAACAGAAAGCACGGCAACUGUAUAGCCCAGACAGUCAGCCUGGUAGACUGUGCAAGCCAUACCCUUUCAAUUGCUUUCAUGAUGCCUAUAGAUACAAGGCAGACAGCAUACUUGAUGUAACAGAGUCUGGUGCUUUAGACUUAAUCGAGCCAUGCCAUGAAUAUAAAGCAUACAACAAUUUUGGAAAUGCAACCCAAGAGGAAAAAAUGAGCAAAUUCACAGAUGAAGCUAUACGAUUUGCUGCAGCUUGCAUGAACAGUCGGACCAAUGGUACCAUUCAUUUUGGGGUGGGAGACUUACCAGAUUAUAAACAUGGGCAAAUAUUGGGAGUUAGUAUUCAGGACAAAGAAGCCUUUGUUAAAAGUCUCCCGAAAGCAAUUGAAGGUCAUUUUGAACACAAGCACACUGAGACAGCGAAGAAGUGUAUCAAGCCACCGCGAUUUGUGGAAGUUCUCAACCACAAUAUGACAUCUUCACAAAACUAUGUGAUAGAAGUGGACAUAGAGCCAUCCACCUUGAUCUGUAGGGAUGACUUUUUUCAUGUGUAUAGUGUGGACACAAGGAAGUCUAAGAGGAAAUCAAAACAAAUCAAGGCAGAAGAAAAGGAGAUUUUUUUUUAUAUUCGAGAUAAUAGCAGCAGUAGGAAUCUCCUUGUACAAUCAGCUCAGAGUAAAGCUUCAGGUGAAUAUGAGAAAUACAACAAGACACAGUUGACUCAACAGAGGAAAAAUGCUGAAGAGAAGCACAUUACUGUUGCCAAAAAUAGUGUGCAGGGUUCAAAACUUUGUGAAAUGUUAACAGGAGGUACCCACUCUUUGGACAAAUCCUAUUUUGAGCGGUAUGUAAUGGUAGUCAACAAAUCACACCCAGUGCAGCUAGACUCCCUGGCUUUCCUUCUUGAAAUGAACUGGACUGCCAUUUUGGACUUUGACCCAGAAUCUCACACAAAUGGUCUAAACACAUUAUUUCAAGAUCAGAAAAUCAAUGUCCAUAUCCCAGCGCAGUAUAAAAUCACAGAGGCAGUUGAGGAUAUUGCACGCAAGCUCAAGCUGACAAGAAACACAAGCUGGGUUUUCUGCAAUGGUGGAGUAAAUGGAGAAACUCCUUCACACAGAGUUGACUGGUUGAUGGAGAAGGGAUCUUCUGUCCGUGAUGUCAUUUCCUUUUUGUGCCGAAAGGAUGUGCUACCCCAUAAGAAAUUCCUAGUUGUUUUUUUGUUAUUGUCUGAUGUGAUUGACAACAAAGAUCCUUUGGUUGAGACCUUUGGUACUUUUUUGCAGGAACUAAAAGGGACUGGACAAAUCUUAUGUAUCUGUGAAAAUGAACGAUCUUACACCUACUGGAAGGAUGUUAUAGAGGCUCGCUAUGGAAUCAACAUAUCCCAGAGAUGUAUCUCUGAGCUCAGUUUUGCAGAAAUCAAUGGAACCGUCCUCAGUUUGUGGUCCAGCAAUCGCAGAUCAAGCAGAUUUUUGCCUUGUGGAGGUGGUGGCAGGGUACUGCUAACAAAGAAAGUAGAAAGCACCUUAGAUGCACUGAAUAUUCUUGUCAACCAGUGUGAAGGAGGAAAUGAGAAUAAGAUGCAGUUGGAGGAAAACUUUUACAAAGGAGGGAAGGUGUCCUGGUGGAACUUCUACUUCUCAGAAGAACCAGGGUCAAUGCCCUUUAUUAAAAGAGACAAGUUUGAUUAUAUCAUUGAUACCAUUAUCCCAGAGAUGUGCUCCUUGAGGCAAGCUUGUGUGCACUUCAAUAUACUCCAUAUUCCAGGAUGUGGUGGCACCACUCUGGCAAUGCAUAUCCUAUGGACGUUUAAAGACAAAUUCCGUUGUGCUGUUCUGAGAGAUAGAACAGUGGAUUCUAAGGAUGUAGCCAGUCAGGUUGUUCAGCUGUUAACUCAUGAGACAUCCGAGCAAUCCAGUCGACCUCCUGUGUUACUUAUGAUUGAUGAUUUUGAAGAAACAGAUGCUGUGUUCGAGCUGCAGCAACAUAUAGAAAAAGAAGUCCUGAAAAGGAACAUUGGUUCAAAAUGUCCAGAAGUCAUUAUACUCAACUGCAUGAGGGCUGAAACAUGGGUGACUGAGACUGAGACAACUGAAGACACGGUUUUCAUCGGACAUAAACUCUCUGAAACCGAACAGAAGCUAUUUCAGAAAAAGCUUGAGGAGAUUGAGAAGAUCUACAAAAAUGCUGACACAUUCUAUGGUUUCAUGAUCAUGAAGAAAAACUUUUCACAAGAGUACAUAAGGGGUGUUGUCAAAAACACCCUAAAGAGCUUCAAUUUAAAAAACAAGGAGGCACAGCUUAUUGCAGUUAUGGUUCUCCUGGCUGUCUACAGCAACAAUGCAAAGCUGUCAGUACCUCUGUGUGAAGAAUUUCUUGGCAUGCAAACAAAUCCAAAUUCUCAAUCCUGCAAGAUUGAGGAUGGCUUUGGGAAAUUUUCUACACUGUUGACCCAGUGCACUGUGGAGGCAGAGGUGGUCUUUGAGGCUCUGAGAUUGAUCCAUCGAAGCAUGGCAAAAUAUUGUUUAGAAGAACUUAGCACUACAUACAGUAUAUCAAAAGCAGAGAUUACCAACUUACUUCUCACAAAUGAGAUGUUUUAUGAAUGCAUUCAGGGGAAAGACACACUCAUACGAAAUGUUCACGACAUGUUAGUGAAGAGAUUUUACUCGCUUGAAGGUGAAGACUCUCAGUUUUCACCCCUUAUCCAAGCAAUCUCAAAAGAGACUCCAGGUUUUGAGGAAACUGUACUAUUCAAUGCAGCCAAGCGCUUUGAAAAGGAUGCUGUAAUGUCUCAGCUUCUCUCAAGGUACCAUUACCUAAAGAAAAAAGACUUCAGAGAGGCAAAAGACUGGGCAAAGAAGGCAAAAGAUCUCUCAAGAGAUAACUCUUAUAUUUCAGAUACAUCUGCACAGGUUAUCAAGCAUGAGCUCAAAAAUGCCAUAGGAGCUGACAACAAUGAUCCCAUAAAACCUGACAAACUGAGAGAGUAUCUUAAAAUGGCUGUCUCCGCCACAGAUGCGUUCAAAGAAACACAAGCAAUUGCCAAAAAAGAAUCUUUACUCCGGUACCAAGGCAAAAGAGACUAUACCCCUUAUAAUACUGCUGGAUGUCUUGGGGAGAUUCAAGUGGGAAUAAUAGUCAUGGGCAUCCUGGAAAAGAUUCCAGUAUUUAAUGCUAACAAACUUGAUCGGCUUAGUCAGUUCCUUGCAGGUAAACUUAAAGUACAAGAUUUGGCAAAAAAAGACCCCGUGAGACACAUACAUGCAUCAUACUACCAGAUACUUAAGGAAGUUGAGGAAUUUCUGUACAAUCUCAAAGACAACAUGAAGAAACAUUUUGAUUUCCUUGAUUGUUUUUAUGUCAACCUUGAGCCCUUUUUCUACCAAAAAGAUAUCCGUGAUGAAAGAAUUAAGAAGGAGCUAUUCAGGUGCUUUCAGCAAUAUGCUAACUUAUUUUGCAAGCUGGAUCAAUCUGAGCUCCAUAGUAACUGGGGCUUGACACAUAUGUACCAGCAAGCCCUGAACUUAGAGAGAAUUCGACAGUGCAUAGAGAUGAACAAAGCUGACACCCACAGUGGAUUGCUGGAAUAUCUUUCAAACAAAGCCUCAGCAUCAAAAGUUGAAAGGAUUGUUCAGCAGUACCACAGCAUUCUGCAGAUCCAUCAACAUACUGUGAGGGACAUGGUUAAUUUGAUCUAUGCCAAUGUAAUUCUUUGUUGUGUUAAACCUGGAUCUCGCCUCAUCUUGCCCUUUGGUAAGCUUUUGAAAGUACUGAUGGAUGUUCUUCGCAAUCCUGUCCCACACAGUGAGAGCUUGGCAUUGAACUUCAUUUCAGUUGUGUUGCUUUGGCCAGAGCUUAAUUCAGUAUGGCUGUCUCAGAAAUUAAGGAGUUUUGUAUCGCAGAUGAGGAGUGCAUUCUCAAAUGAGAUGAAAUCAGUGUACAAAGGGAAGAGGCCUACUGUGCAUUUCUACUUGGGGAAGAGGACAGGCUAUGCCCGGCUCAUCUGCCAAAAUGACAUCAUGAACGCCGUUGGCACAGGACAGAACAUCCCAAGUCAGCAGGAAAAUGGAAAAAUAUGGAAGCAUCUGAAAGUUCAAGCGCUCCUUCGCAGAGUCACUGGAGAGGUGUCCGAAGAUUUCAUCUUGGCAAACACAUCAAUUCCAGAGUUGAAGAUUGAGGUCAGCCCAAGGUUUAAGAGCCAGUUAAGUGGAAACAGAGGCAAAAUAGUGUCAUUCUUCAUUGGAUUCUCAAUGAAUGGCCCAGUUGCCUUUGACAUAGAAUUUUGA